AUGGAUAAUAGGAGGCCAGCAAGACCUGGUACAAGAGGGGAAGAAGAUCGGCAUGAGGUGGUGAGAAAGGGUUUCGAGCAGCUCGACAUAACCAAGAUUGGGAAGCGCGAUUCGAACAUGUCAGACACCGACUGGAACAAUCGCAAGAGAGAACUGCGAUUCCUUAAGGACCCGCUAGAGCUGGCUACUUUUGUCAAGAACGAGCUGGGCAAAGGGAGGGUCACGGAGAUGCUGCAGUUGACGCGCAUGGCGAGCCAUUCCAUGAUGUGCAUUGUGAGCUGGAACCACAUUAUCGAUCACUAUCUGGCAAACGAGAGGGUGAACGAUGCGCUGAAGGUGUACAAUGAGAUGAAGAAACGCGCGCAGUUCCCCGAUUCAUACACAUACACCAUCCUCUUGCGGGGGCUGUCGAUAAAUGCACACACGUCAGGCGUUCUGAGCAAAGCUCUCUCUGUAUACCACUCCCUGUCCGCACCGAAUGCGAGAGUCGAACCCUCGAUCAUCCACACGAAUGCUGCGCUACGAGUCUGCGCGAGAGCGAUGGACAUGGACGCGCUAUGGGGCAUAGCAGGGAAGAUGCCUGAGAAGGGACCCGGAGCGGCGAACGAGGUUACGUACAUCACCAUCAUCAACGCGAUCAGACAGAAUCUUUUGCUCGGCGCGCCAAAGGGCGAGACAGAAGAGGAAGCGGCGGCUAGGAAAGAUCGUGGUAUCGUGGAGGGGAGACGCAUGUGGGAGGACAUCAUCAGCAGGUGGAGGAACGUUGACCUGAUCAUCGACGAGGAGCUGGUAUGUGCUAUGGCGAGGCUGCUGCUCAUUGGGAGUCGUCCACGAGACUGGGACGACGUGCUCUCUCUGAUUGAGCAGACCAUGGACAUUGCACGUCUCGUUCCUCGACUCGGGACGCCGGCGCGACAAGAAGCUGGGUAUCCGCGUGUACGAGCACCCAACACACUAGAGCAGUAUCGUGUGGAUGAUGAUCAUCUUACGCCUACGAAAGGUCCGAUGCGCGGCGACGAGUUCCUUCCUGUGACACCUCAAGGUGUGGGGGCUGCGGUAUUCAACCCUCUCUCAUACGCUCAACCCGGCAACAACACGCUCUCUGUGGUUCAAGAGGCGUGUCAGAAGAUUGUUGCAAAUAAGGCUGCGCAAGAGUACUGGGACCUCCUAUGCGAUCCCACCACCUACAGCAUCCAGCCCGACUUCAACAACUUAAUGAUGCGUCUGCGCAAUCUGCGUCAAAAUCGAGCUUCUGCCGCCGCUCUUAAGCUUCUGCAAGAAGAUAUGGUCGACAAAGGCAUGCAACCCCGACCGGGCACAUUUAGGAUCGCAAUGAGCACCUGCGUCCGCGACAAAAACAACCACAAUUCGCUCAAAACCGCCAGCCAGAUCUUGCACUUGAUGUCGAGAGUCCUACCGGACAUGGACUCGAAGGCCGUAGGCAUGUACGCCGACCUUGCUCUCACGUUUCCGCUCGCCAAAGGCCAGGACCUCGUCGACGCACUCACGAACAUGUACCCCGUCGUCAAGAAUCUGCGCCUCCAGCUCGGUAUUGGCGGUGAGCGUUUCUCUGGGAGAGGCGUAGGCGCUACGUAUCUUACGGGCGCUGAACGUCAGGAUGCAAUCACAUGUCUGCGCAAGAUAUAUGCUCUAUACGAUAGACUCAUUUUCUCGAAUUUGAUCGUCGAGGAGCAGAAGAUGCCGUUUAAGGCAGAAAGCGCGAGGUUAUCGGCAUUCAUUCAAAGAGUCAUGUUUAAGGAUACGGGCAGGGAUUCGGAUGUAGUGAAGGAGACACUGGACAAGGAGGAAGGUGAGAUAAAUUCAGAUACUCAUCUCAAGGACGAGGGUGCGAAGGAUGAGGAUCGCGACCAGGGGAGAGGUGGUUGGAGGAAACAGAUGGCAAGACCGGAGGAGCAGAGAAGGCCGUGGUUUUCUGGCCUGGGGGCUGGGAAGUCUGAGCAGGGAGUGAGGGGCAUGUCUCGAAGAGACCCGGUUAGGUUUCAAUGA